AUGCCGGAGGAAUUCCGAAUUAGUGAGCGGCUGGCUGCCUGGGACCUCCGGAACGGCCCCCUGGCCCCCGCCCCCGGCCGCCCCCGCCUCUUCAGCUCUGGCCCGCUCAGCCAGCUCCUUCGCACGGAUGCUGAGACCUCCGGAGAGCCCUGGGCCAAGCCUCAAACACAACUAUUAGGAAAACUGAGUCAAGGGACAGACACUGCUGUGAUCAGCCCCCAGGAUCCCACGCUCCUCAUCGGCUCCUCCCUGCAGGCCACGUGCUCAGUGCAUGGGGACCCACCUGGCCCCACCGCUGAGGGCCUCUACUGGACCCUCAAUGGGCGUCGCCUGCCCCCCGAGCUCUCCCGCGUGCUCAAUGCCUCCACCCUGGCCCUCGCCCUGGCCAACCUCAACGGAUCCAGGCAGCAGUCAGGGGACAACCUCGUGUGCCACGCACGUGACGGCAGCAUCCUGGCCGGCUCCUGCCUCUAUGUUGGCCUGCCCCCAGAGAAACCCUUCAACAUCAGUUGCUGGUCCAAGAACAUGAAAGACCUGACAUGCCGCUGGACACCGGGGGCCCAUGGGGAGACCUUCCUCCAUACCAACUACUCCUUGAAGUACAAGCUGAGGUGGUAUGGGCAAGACAACACAUGUGAGGAGUACCACACAGUGGGACCCUACUCCUGCCACAUUCCCAAGGACCUGGCCCUCUUUACGCCCUACGAGAUCUGGGUAGAAGCCACCAACCGGCUGGGCUCAGCCCGCUCAGAUGUGCUCACACUGGACAUCCUGGAUGUGGUGACCACUGAUCCCCCGCCCGACGUGCAUGUGAGCCGCGUUGGGGGCCUGGAGGACCAGCUGAGCGUGCGCUGGGUUUCCCCGCCGGCUCUCAAGGACUUCCUUUUCCAAGCCAAGUACCAGAUCCGCUACCGCGUGGAAGACAGCGUGGAUUGGAAGGUGGUGGACGACGUGAGCAACCAGACUUCAUGCCGCCUGGCGGGCCUGAAGCCGGGCACUGUCUACUUCGUGCAAGUGCGCUGCAACCCCUUUGGGAUCUACGGCUCCAAAAAGGCAGGGAUCUGGAGCGAGUGGAGCCACCCAACAGCUGCCUCCACCCCCCGCAGUGAACGCCCGGGCCCGGGCGGCGGGGCGUGCGAGCCGCGGGGCGGAGAGCCGAGCUCGGGGCCCGUGCGGCGCGAGCUUAAGCAGUUCCUGGGCUGGCUUAAGAAGCACGCGUACUGCUCGAACCUCAGCUUCCGCCUCUACGACCAAUGGCGAGCCUGGAUGCAAAAGUCGCAUAAGACCCGCAACCAGCACAGGAUGAGGGGAUCCUGCCCUCGGGCAGACGCGGCGCGGCGAGAGGUCCUGCCAGAUAAGCUCUAAGGGCUGAGACCGACCUCCCUGCUGCAUGGAGACCCGGGGCUGCACCCAGACUGGGGCCACCUGUUUCCUCACCACAGGGUGCCCGAGCACCCUCUGCAGGAGCUGGAGCAGAUGCUCUGAGCUCUUAGAAUCACAUCUCUGGCCUCCAUGUGAGGCCAUCUUUGGGUACACCCCAGUUGGAGUGUGUGUGUGAAGGUCAACCAAGCUGCCCAGAACCCCUGCCAGGACUGGGAGUGAAGAGAGGUCAUUACUCCCCUCACCCAGGACCCCUCCAAUCUUUUUAAAUAAAUGAACUAUUUAGGUGC